GCUCUCGCCGUCGUCCGGAGGAGUCGCGGAGGCGCUGUCCUGGCCGGAGAUGUUCCCGGGUCUGGAGUCCGACUCGCCGCUGCCCCCGGACGAUCUAGAUGCGGUUGUCCCAGUCAGCGGGGUCGUGGCCGGUGGCAUGUUGGAUCGGAUCCUUCUGGAGUCUGUGUGCCAGCAACAGAGCUGGGUGCGGGUGUACGAUGUGAAAGGACCACCCACCCAUCGUCUGUCUUGUGGUCAGUCCCCCUACACUGAGAGUACAACAUGGGAGCGGAAGUACUGCAUCCUCACAGAUAGCCAGCUAGUGUUGCUCAACAAGGAGAAAGAGAUACCUCUGGAAGGACAGGAGCAACAAACAGAUUCCACUAAAGGGCGAUGCCUUAGAAGAACUGUCAGUGUCCCUUCUGAGGGUCAGUUUCCUGAGUACCCACCAGAGGGCACCGCUAAACUAGAGGUUCCAGCAGAAAGGUCUCCCCGCAGACGGAGUAUCUCAGGGACCAGUACAUCAGAGAAACCCAACUCCAUGGACACUGCAAAUACCUCACCCUUCAAAGUACCAGGAUUCUUCAGCAAGCGCCUGAAAGGUUCUAUCAAGAGAACCAAAAGCCAGUCGAAGCUUGACAGAAACACGAGCUUUCGUCUUCCAUCCCUUCGAAAUGCUGAUGACAGGUCUCGUGGACUGCCUAAGCUAAAAGAGUCACGAUCCCAUGAAUCUUUGCUGAGCCCAUGCAGUGCAGUGGAAUGUCUGGAUCUUGGUAGAGGAGAGCCUGUAUCAGUGAAACCACUCCAUAGUAGCAUCCUUGGACAAGACUUCUGCUUUGAGGUCACCUAUUUAAGUGGUAGUAAAUGCUUCAGCUGUAAUUCUGCUUCAGAGAGAGAUAAGUGGAUGGAAAACCUUCGCAGGACAGUUCAACCAAACAAGGAUAAUUGUAGACGAGCUGAACAUGUUCUUCGUUUAUGGAUCAUUGAAGCUAAGGACCUUGCCCCUAAAAAGAAAUAUUUCUGUGAACUGUGCCUUGACGAUACCCUCUUUGCUCGUACAACCAGCAAGACCAAAGCAGACAAUAUUUUCUGGGGUGAACAUUUUGAAUUCUACAGCCUUCCACCUCUUCAUAGCAUUACAGUUCACAUUUAUAAGGAUGUGGAAAAAAAGAAAAAAAAGGACAAAAAUAAUUAUGUAGGGCUAGUCAAUAUCCCCACUGCCAGUGUGACUGGUCGCCAAUUUGUAGAAAAGUGGUAUCCAGUGAGUACACCUACACCUAACAAAGGAAAGACAGGAGGACCUUCUAUUCGAAUUAAAUCACGUUUCCAAACUAUCACCAUUCUGCCUAUGGAGCAAUACAAAGAAUUUGCAGAAUUUGUCACCAGCAACUACACUAUGCUGUGCUCUGUUCUUGAGCCAGUAAUUAGUGUGAGGAAUAAAGAAGAGUUGGCUUGUGCCUUAGUGCACAUUCUUCAAAGCACUGGCAGAGCCAAGGAUUUUCUGACCGACUUGGUGAUGUCUGAAGUGGAUCGUUGUGGUGAACAUGAUGUCUUGAUAUUCAGAGAGAAUACCAUUGCCACUAAAUCUAUUGAGGAAUACCUCAAGUUGGUGGGACAACAGUAUCUUCAUGAUGCUCUGGGGGAAUUCAUCAAAGCUUUAUAUGAAUCAGAUGAGAACUGUGAAGUGGACCCUAGCAAGUGUUCAUCUAGUGAAUUGAUAGACCAUCAGAGCAACCUGAAAAUGUGCUGUGAGUUGGCCUUCUGCAAGAUCAUCAACUCUUACUGUGUUUUCCCUCGUGAGUUGAAAGAAGUGUUUGCAUCAUGGAAACAGCAGUGCCUGAACCGUGGCAAGCAAGACAUCAGUGAACGGCUCAUUAGUGCCUCAUUGUUUCUCCGUUUUCUUUGCCCAGCCAUCAUGUCUCCCAGUCUUUUCAGCCUGAUGCAGGAGUAUCCUGAUGACCGCACAUCCCGGACUCUAACUCUUAUUGCCAAGGUCAUUCAGAACCUGGCCAACUUUGCCAAGUUUGGUAACAAAGAAGAAUACAUGGCAUUCAUGAAUGAUUUCUUAGAACAUGAAUGGGGUGGAAUGAAGCGCUUCCUUUUGGAGAUCUCAAAUCCAGACACCAUCUCAAAUACCCCAGGCUUUGAUGGUUACAUUGAUCUGGGCCGAGAGCUUUCAGUUUUGCAUUCCCUACUGUGGGAAGUAGUUUCCCAACUGGAUAAGGGUGAAAAUUCCUUCCUACAGGCAACCGUGGCAAAAUUGGGCCCUCUCCCUCGUGUUCUUGCUGAUAUUACCAAGUCUCUGACUAAUCCCACACCAAUUCAGCAGCAACUGAGACGCUUUACUGAACAUAGUUCCAGUCCAAAUGUCAGUGGAAGCCUCUCCUCUGGGCUGCAGAAAAUAUUUGAGGACCCCACUGACAGUGAUUUGCAUAAACUAAAAUCUCCAAGCCAGGAUAACACAGACAGUUACUUCAGAGGGAAAACAUUAUUGCUGGUUCAACAAGCCUCCUCCCAGAGCAUGACUUAUUCCGAAAAGGAUGAAAAGGAGAGUAGUCUUCCUAAUGGUCGGAGCAUCUCCCUAAUGGACCUCCAGGACACUCAUGUUGCUCAGGUGGAGCACACAGGUGUCAUGCUGGAUGUGCCCAUGCGCCUGGCAGGAAGCCAACUUUCCAUAACCCAGGUGGCUAGCAUCAAACAACUGCGGGAUACCCAGAACACUCCCCAGAGUGCACCCCAAGUGAGAAGACCCCUGCACCCAGCCUUGAACCAGCCAGGAACUCUCCAGCCUUUGUCAUUCCAGAACCCUGUCUAUCACCUCAAUAACCCAAUUCCAGCAAUGCCAAAGGCCUCUGUAGAUUCCAGUUUAGAGAACCUAAGCACUGCCAGUUCCAGAAGCCAAAGCAACAGUGAGGAUUUCAAACUCAGUGGACCCAGCAAUAGCAGCAUGGAAGAUUUCACCAAACGUAGCACACACAGUGAAGAUUUCUCCAGGCGGCACACCAUGCCAGACAGACACAUACCUCUUGCUCUGCCACGACAAAAUAGUACUGGGCAAACCCAAAUCCGAAAAGUGGACCAGGCUGGGUUAGGUGCCCGAGCCAAAGCACCCCCAUCCCUGCCACACAGUGCUUCCUUACGUAGCACUGGGAGCAUGUCAGUGGCAUCUGCGGCCCUGAUGGCUGAACCUGUGCAGAAUGGGAGUCGGUCCCGACAACAGUCCUCUUCCUCAAGAGAGAGCCCUGUUCCCAAAGUCAGGGCAAUCCAGAGACAACAGACACAGCAGGUUCAGUCACCUGUGGACUCUGCCACAAUGUCCCCAGUAGAAAGGACAGCAGCCUGGGUUCUGAACAAUGGACAGUAUGAAGAGGAUGUGGAAGAAGUUGAGCAAAAUCAAGAUGAAGCCAAGCAUGCUGAGAAGUAUGAACAAGAAAUUAGCAAACUGAAGGAGCGCCUAAGAGUGUCCAGCCGGCGGCUGGAGGAAUAUGAACGCCGGCUGCUGGUGCAAGAGCAGCAGAUGCAGAAGCUACUGCUGGAAUACAAGGCCCGGCUGGAGGACAGUGAGGAACGGCUGCGCAGACAACAAGAAGAGAAGGACAGCCAGAUGAAAAGCAUCAUUAGCAGGCUAAUGGCUGUGGAAGAGGAACUGAAGAAGGAUCAUGCUGAGAUGCAAGCAGUCAUUGAUGCAAAGCAGAAGAUAAUUGAUGCGCAGGUCAUAAAUGGAAAUGAGAUUAUUCAAACAGGAAAAACGGAUCAUAUCCCUGGAUUCGGCCAACACAAGAUUGAUGAGUGCACUGACACAGGUGAAGGAGCGGUACAGCAUGCAGGUUCGCAAUGGCAUCUCCCCCACCAACCCCACCAAGCUUUCCAUCACGGAGAAUGGUGAAUUCAAAAAUAGCAGCUGCUGACAGCCUUUGUGAAUACAGACUGUGGAAGGAGACAGAAGGAAAUUGACCCACUCUCCUAUCCCCAGCUCUUUACCCAGCCCCUCCAGGUUUACGGAAUGUUGCUUCAGAAUGGCAAUAUGGUGAGAAGCUCUUAAAUGAAGAAUGGAACCUUGUCUCUCGGGCAUAAAGCAAAGACUUUCAGGGUCAAUGCUUUUCCCCUGCGUGUCUCUAUGUACAUAGGGAACUUAGUUCUGGGCCAUGUACAGAAAAUACCACUGUAAUAUACCAAAAGGAAGUUAAUAAUGUAGAUUACCUUUUAAUUAUUGCUAUUUUUAUUAUUGUUUUCCUCUUGUUGAAAGCACUGCAGUUGUUAGUUGAGAAAAAGUAGGAGCCAAGUGUGAGUGAGGUGUGAGCCUAUUGAUUCAGUAGGUAGAAACCAAGUAUCUAUUGGAUAGAAGCACAUGGAGUGCAAUAGAACGUUGUCAGAAUGAAUUGUUUCAGGGGUUCGUCUGCCAGUUUAAAAUCCUACCCUAAUCCCCUUAUCCUUUAGAGGAACAUGUAAACACCAAGAUCCAUACAAAACGAUUUAAUUUAUUCCACCAAUCAACCAAUACUGGUUCGGGUCAGAGAGCUAAUCUGAUUUAGAGACUCACCAUUUCAGAGGACAUGGAUAAAAAUGGUUGGCUAUCUAAAAACUAGACUUAGGAGUGAUUUUGAUUGAACUCCUAUCAUUGUUUAUUUCCUCUGUGUAGAGAAGAUGGGAAUUUUCUGUUUUAGAUAUGGGACUUUUAAAUUUUAUGUCUAUUAUAAUAAAGAGUAUUGUUUUACCUGUUUAUAAAAGUUGGCAAAACUAUAAAUAUUUGAGUCUCUACAUACUAUAUUUAUCUCCAUAUUUCCACUGUCCUUUCCUCCCCAUAGUGGGAACAGUCAGCACCAACAGGGUUUACUCUUCCCUGGAGAGGGGAUUCAAGUAUGCUGUUCAUAAGCUAUCUAAACUGACACCCUUUCUUUGACACAGAAAAGGGCUAAUCACAUAGACCAGAACUAUCUGAGUAUGUUCUACUGUAAAAGUUUUCUUCCUACUUAUUGGUUAUGUUUUUUGCUUGGGGUAAAAAUUUUACCCAUUGCCCUAGCAAAUCCAUGGACAGGGUAAUUUUAUUGCUAUCUUUAGGUUUUAAAUUGCUGCUUCUUCCUCUUAAUCCCCUCCAUAAAAUUUGGAAAGGAAAUCCAAAUCUGAAGCGUUACUCUUAAAAAAUAAUGAUUAAUCUUGCUUAGGAAAAUAAAACCAAAGUGUCAGAAUGACACAUUUCAAGUGUUACUUCUAUACUCUCAGUAGAAUUGGCAAUAAUGACCCAGUUUCAGCCAGGCAUGGUGGCACACACCUUUAAUCCCAGCACUCAGGAGGCAGAGGUAGGGGGACUGCCAUGAGUUCAAGGCCGCCCUGAGACUACAUAGUGAAUUCCAGGUCAGUCUGGGCUAGAAUAAGACCCUACCUCAAUAAACCAAAAAUAAUAGUAAUAAUAAUGGUCCAGUUUCAAUAUUUGUUAUCCAUGGCUUUAUUAUAGGACAGAAAAAGACAUUUCCUUUUUUUUCUUUAGAAGUAUGAAAUGUCAUCUGGAAUGCAAUCUUGAUGGCCAGAAGUAUGGAAAGCUAGUUCCUUAUGAAACAGAUGCUAUUAUAAAUAUAUGUAUACAUAUAUUCACACAGAUAUACAUACAGUACACAAAUAGGAAAUGUUCAUGUCUUCUUUGCUGUCAGAUAUACAGAGAAAAUGUUUUAAAAGCCUUUAUCUUUAAGCAAGAUGUAAGCAGUUUUAUAUUAUGAAAACCAUGGUUCUCAAAUAAGUUGAUGUCUAUUUUAAAGUUCAAAUUUUAAGAAGUGUUUAAAGGAUAGGCCUGAAGAAAAAGAAAACCUAAAGGAGCCAUAUGCAUGGAGCAGCUGUUUCUACCUAACAGGAAGCAGGCAGGAGAACAUGUAUAGUGCCCUCUUUUGUAUGAAGCCCAGCAUAGACAUCAAGCCGACCUUUCUCCUCAGUGCCAAGCAUGCAUUACAGUCUUGAGCUCUGCCCUCUCAGGUGGAUCUCUGUGUUGGGUCUUACAUCUCAGCAACCUCAUCAGAACCCCCCAACCCUCAGCCUUUGAAAAUGGUUUUAUUCAUAUUAGCCCCUGUUUAUGUAGGACAGAGAUCUAAAGUGGGGGCUUCUCAUUGUGGUAAGAAGAACUUCCCACUUCCAGUUAUGAUGUUUGUGUAUUUUCUUGUCCCCUGUCAGUUACUUUAUGAAUUCUUCUCUCUUCCCUCCUUGCUGAGUCAGCACACUGUGGUCAAAAUCACUUAAUAGGGAAAAGGGCUGCUGAUUGUGAGGUAGUGUCCUGUGGUAUGUGAGUGAAGGGUAAACAUUCCAAACUCUCUAAAUGUGCCACAGAAAACCUAGUAUUGCUGAUUCCAAUGGCCUUAGGUAUGUAACAUAGGUGACACCUUACAUAGAGGUUUGGAAGCUCUUCAAGUAUUGGUUAUAGAUUAUAGAGACUCAUCAAAUAAUAUCAGUGGUCAGCAGGAAAUGAAAAAAAUCAAGUGAAGCUGGGCAUGGUGGCACAUGCCUUUAAUCCUAGCACUCAGGAGGCAGAGGUAGGAGGAUCACUGUAAGUUCAAGGCCACCCUGAGACUACAUAGCGAAUUCCAGGUCAGCCUGAGCUAGAGAGAGACCCUACCUCAGGGAGAAAAAAAAAAAAAUGUAUGUUCAUGAAUGCAAUAUGUCUUGUUACAUUGCAGUCCCUUCUUAGAUAUCUCUGUUUGCAUUGGAAGAUUAGAUGCCCAAAACAUUAGAAUAUGAUGCCUUUAAGUUAUCUUGAAUAAAGAGAACAAAAGUAAAAUAAUGAUAAUAAGUAAGCUUAUGGAGGAAGACAGAAACCCAUCAUAAUAGCAUGGUUUUUGGAGUGUUUCUUCAGCCCAAAUAAGUACAUAGUUGUGUUUUGCUGGGAGAAAGUGCAUAAUUAAAGAGAAACUGAUGGACUGAGAUAGCUAUGUCAUGCACUCUCUGUUUCCCUCAACAUAUCACCAUAUCAUGAGAUAAGGGUAGACUAGGGUUGGAUGGGAUUUGGAAUUCAGGUAAAGUUCUUAUGAAGUGCUUAUCUAUGGGACAACCAGACUUGGCCAUUGAAAAGGACAAUGUUAGUAGGAUUUAGGGAAAGAGCUCCACAUUUCCCUCUUACAUCACUAGAGCAAUAAGCUUUCCAAGCCAAAGUAGAAAAAAAAAAAAAAAAAGACUUAGAUUUCCAU